ACGAGAGAAAAUCCGAGAAAAUUACAAAAAACCUUCGUCUUUCUCCUUUUUCCUUCUCUUUCCGUUCUGUCUUUCCAUUCGGCAGUCUUCCCAAGCUCAGUUCUCUGCAUAAAGAAACACCGACCCUGCAGCACUCUCAUUCUCCCUGAAUUUUCGUGGAAAAUCGGUUCCCAGAGAUGACGGGGAAACAACGAUCGGGUUUCUAUCUCGGUGCAUUUCCGCUCCUCGUGGUUCUGUUUGCGCAGUCUGAAGCAUAUACGGAUCCGCUUGAAGUUGAGGUUCUUCAAGAUGUGUUCAAGGCCCUGAACUGUCCACAGCGGCUGAAAGGAUGGAAACUGAACAGUGGAGAUCCAUGUGGAGAAUCCUGGAUGGGAGUUUCGUGUUCCGGUUCGUCCAUAGUAGAGCUUCGAAUACCAGGUUUAAGGAUUUCAGGUAGCCUCGGAAGCCAGCUUCACCAUCUCCACAACUUGAAGAUCAUGGAUGUGAGCUUCAACUUUCUCCAGGGUGAAAUUCCGUAUGGCUUGCCUCCAAAUGCGACCCACAUUGACAUGGCAUACAACAAUCUGAGCCAAAGUAUACCUUAUUCCUUAGCUCUACUGACAUCUCUCCAGUAUCUGAAUUUGAGCCAUAAUUCAUUAUCUGGACCCCUUGGAAAUGUGUUUUCUGGGUUGCAAAUAAGAGAAAUGGAUCUCGCAUUCAAUAACCUGACUGGAGAUCUACCAAGCUCUUUUGGAUCUCUGAUGAAUCUGACUUCAUUGUACCUUCAGAAUAACAGAUUCACUGGAUCAGUCAUCUAUCUGGCUGAUCUUCCCUUGAUCGACCUGAACAUUGAAGAUAAUCAAUUUAGUGGUAUUUUCCCUAGCCAUUUUCAGACCAUUCCUCAUCUGCAGAUUUGGGGAAACAAUUUCCACAUAGACCCAAACUACAAACCAUGGAGGUUCCCUUUGGACAUAAUCCCCAUGAUGCAAAACGCCAGUGGCUUGCCAACAACUCAGUCAAGCGCAAUUAAGCACUUCCCUGGCCAAGAAAAACACUGGAACCACAAGAAGAGGAUGGGAGCAGGAAGUGUCGUUUUACUUGUUGGGGGAAUGGCUUUUCUGGGCACUUUCAUGGCAGUAUUUGCCAUUCGCUGUAGUCAUCAACGCGCACGAAACCUCACCAGUCACAGAAGCAACUUUAGUUCAGCACACUCUCUGCCGGUCAGAACAACAAGAGAUUAUCAAGUUGAAGAUAGCCCACAGAUCAUGAGGGUCCGACAUCCACCAAUCCGGAUCGAGAGAACAUCCAGAAGAAAAAGCUUCUCAGAGACAUGCCAAGUUCCAGCAUAUGGGAAGCAGUUCUCAGUUGCAGAACUUCAAUUAGCCACAAACAAUUUCAGUGAGGAAAACUUACUUGCAGAGGGUCCACUCGGUUCUGUUUACAGAGCAAAGUUGCCAGAUGGUCAAUUCUCUGCUGUGAAAAACAUCCCGAUGGCAUCGCUGUCUUUACACGAGGAGGAACAGUUCAUGGAAGUGCUUCAGACAGCUUCCAAACUGAGACACCCGAACAUUGUAGCCCUUCUUGGUUUCUGCAUUGAGAACGGGAAGCAUCUUCUUGCCUAUGAGUAUGUUGGACAUCUGUCUCUGUAUAAAGCUAUGCACGAUGAGGGUUAUAAACCACUUUCCUGGAGCCUGCGUCUCCAAAUUGCUAUUGGAGUUGCCCGAGCACUGGAAUACUUGCAUUCCUCGUUUAGCCCUCCUAUUGCCCACAGAGAUCUGAAAGCCGAAAACAUUUUGCUCGAUGAAGAACUUACGCCUCGUAUCGCUGACUGUGGACUAGCUAGCUUAAGGCCACUCACAAGCAACAGUGUCAAGCAGAGGGCCUCUGAGAUAGCUAUACAUAACACUGGCUACAUUGCACCGGAACACGGACAACCGGGAAGCAGUGGCACAAAGAGUGAUGUCUACGCAUUCGGAGUGCUGCUCUUGGAACUGCUAACAGGGAGGAAGCCAUUUGACAGCUCACGACCCAGGGAUGAACAAUUACUGGUGAAGUGGGCCUCGUGUAGACUUCACGACAGGCGGAGCCUGGAAAAGAUGAUCGACCCGGGAAUCGCAGGCACCUUCUCUUUGGGAAUCGCCUCCCAAUUCGCCGACAUAGUCUCCCUCUGCACCCAGCAGGCAGAGAAGGAGUUCCGGCCGCCGGUGUCGGAGAUAGUGAAAGCUCUGACGGACUUGAUGCAGAAACAGAGGAAAGAAGCAAGCAGUGUAGGUGCAGACUGGACUGAGGCGGACCCUUUCAGCAAAUCAUUCCGCACAACCCGAACGCGCUUCAUGGUCUCCCCCACCGUCAGCUAUCUCUCUGACUGAAGCUUCCGGAUCCGCCAAAAUCUCAAUCCAUGUAUACACCCAUUUCCUCUCAUACGUUAACAGAAACAUAUCCUGAUCAAAGAACACGAUAUAUGAUUCUCAA